GACUGUCUAAACAGGACUCGGCCUUCAGGCAACCACAGGGGCGGGGGUGUCUGCGGAUGGCAGCCCAAUCCUGGCAGGCUGGGAGUGGGGGAGGACUCUGCUCCUUCUUAAGCUCCAGCGAUUCAAGGCAAGGCUAGAAAGCCAGACAGUCAGCCGCCCCUCGGAUCUCCACUUGUCCCUCCACAGCCAGGAAGAAGAGCGUAGCCGUCCCAGAGGGCAGGAGCAGAGACCAGCCCGGACCCCUCUGCGGCCAGGCCGCCCACACCCUGCCAGCAUGGCCAGCCAGCUGACCGAGGAGCAAAUUGCUGAGUUCAAGGAGGCCUUUUCUCUGUUUGACAAGGAUGGGGAUGGCUGCAUCACCCCCCAGGAGCUGGGCACUGUCAUGAGGUCCCUGGGCCAGAAUCCCACGGAGGCUGAGCUUCAGGGCAUGGUAAAUGAGGUCGACCGGGAUGGAAACGGCACGGUGGACUUCCCGGAAUUCCUGGGCCUCAUGGCCCGGAAGAUGAAAGACACAGACAGCGAGGAGGAGAUCCGGGAGGCCUUCCGCGUGUUCGACAAGGAUGGCAACGGCUACGUCAGUGCCCCUGAGCUGCGGCACGUGAUGACCAGGCUGGGGGAGAAGCUGAGUGACGAGGAGGUGGACGAGAUGAUCCGCGCAGCAGACGCGGAUGGAGAUGGGCAAGUGAACUACGAGGAGUUUGUCCGUAUGCUAGUGUCCAAGUGAGGCGCAAGAGGGGCUGCUGCGGCUCGUCACCCAGCUGCCCGUGCAGCGGCAAGAACCUCACUCAGAUUUCUCCUCCAUUCCCAGCUUCUUCCGAACACUU